AUGACUGAGGCAGCAGACAUGGAAGAUGCUGGUAGCAGUAAAGCUGUGUUUGGCAGGCUUGCUGAAGAGACGGUGGUGCAAGGCCAGUGGUGCCUGGCAGCCUGGCUGGGCAGGCGCUGCACCGCGGCUGUGCGGCGCAGGGUGUUCGUGCGGCCUGAUGAGAGCGUAGCUCUGUCAAAAGCCCAGGUUAGCAAAGCCCAGCCAUUUAGGGUAUUUAAACUAUUCGAGUUGCGUUUUGAUGGAGAUGGGCUGCAGGGCCGUCGUGCCUGGAGCCCCGCCAGCCCGUCUGCAGCGCCCGAGCGCUUGGGAGGGGACAGCUGGGGCCGAUGCAGGACACCAGCUGCUGGCUGGAGUAAACUCAGGCUUCGCUGUGGCAAGAAAGGUGCCCUUGAAGCGGAUGUUCAAGGAACAGACAGGGAAGAAGACUUUUGUGACUGUAAAGCACACUGGGGCUAUAGUGAAUUAGAGGGAGCUCUCAGCAGCUUGUUCAGCCUCUUCCCGGUCUCCUCCUUACAGCAACCUCAUGAAGAUUUCCGCUGCCUCCCAAAAAUAAACUGGAGCAAUUCCACUGGCAGGAGUAGAUGAAGAAAACAGAGAAUACACUUUAUACUGCUGUUCAGUCGGCAGGGGAAGUUAAGGCUUCAGAAAUGGUACACAACACUACCUGAGAAAGAGAAGAAGAAGAUCAUUCGAGAAAUUGUCCAGAUUGUUUUGUCUCGCAAUCAAAAAACAAGUAGUUUUGUUGACUGGAAAGACCUCAAGCUUGUUUACAAAAGGUAUGCUAGUUUGUAUUUCUGUUGUGCAAUAGAAGACCAAGAUAAUGAGCUCCUGACACUGGAGGUGGUUCAUCGCUACGUAGAGCUGCUGGACAGAUACUUUGGAAACGUAUGCGAGCUGGACAUUAUCUUCAAUUUUGAAAAAGCUUAUUUUAUUCUUGAUGAGUUCAUAAUUGGGGGAGAGGUGCAAGAAACUUCAAAGCGGUCUGCAGUGAAAGCCAUAGAAGAGUCUGACAUGUUGCAGGAGACAGUGGAAGAGUACAUGAACAAGCCUGCAUUUUAAUGUUAAAAUGACCUGGAGAGAGAACUUCUGUAUGCACCUGUAAAAUGCACUUCCUGAAACUGCUUCCCAAUGUGCCAGAUCCUCAGAGAAAUACCAAAAACCAAUAACUAGAGGGGUUUGUUUGUAUGAUGGUGACGAUGGUCAGCUCAUGUAGCACAGGGUUUAACAAUUCUGUACUUGGAUUACUCUGCAUGAGUUUCUCAGAGUUGUUAUUACCCUUAAUCUAGUUUCUCUUCUUGCUGGACUAAACACUUGUUUUGUACCAUGUAUUUUAUCUACAGGUUUUGUCAUCAUAAAAUGUUAUUCUUACAGUACUUUGAAGAGGUAUUUUUACUAGUUUUGGUCCACUGCUGACCGUAUGACUCUACUUUUGUACAAAUGUCCAUUAUUUUGAAUGUAAUCAUUAUUAUGCUCUAAUAAUAAUUUGUUUUCUAAA